AUGAAUAAUAUUCUAUCUUCAACUUCACAUCGACUUGAAAUACUUCCUGAUGAAAUUUUUCUUGAAAUCUUCAAAUAUUUAAAACCAAUCGAUCUUCAUAGUUUCAUAGGACACAAUUUACGAAUCAAUAAUAUUAUACAUGGUAGUUUUCUUCCAAAUCAAUUCAUUCGUUUAGAAUUAUGUUAUCCUUGUGAAGCAUUGGAUUUACACUCUUAUACACAGCUACGCUCAUUGAAAUUCGAUUGCAUUUUUCUGUUGGAACAACAAUUUGAUCAAGUACUCACUGUUACCUUGCCAUAUCUUGAACAAUUGUCCAUUUGUAAUGUUUCAUAUUCCUUCGGAAAAGAACUAUUACUUUUGAUUCUUGACAGCAAACAUUUUCCAUCACUUAAAUUUUGUCAAUUUUCUGGAAAAUUUUACUAUAUGCUAGAUUUUAAUAAGCUCUAUCAAUUACCAAAUCUUACAAUUCGUACACUUUUACUUGGUAAAUGGAAUGCUUCAAUGUUAGGUCCUUUACUCAAUUUUCUACCUAAUUUACAUCGAUUUGAAACAAGUUUUUCAGAAUCUAUUAAUGAAUCAUUGCAUUUUAACAUGUAUCACACAUCAAUUGAACAUUUACGAAUAAGUCUUAUGGAUGUAUUCAAUGAUCUUGAGAAGAUACUUCCAUAUAUGCCUAAUUUAAAACAAUUACGUGUCACAGGAAAGAUUCCUGAACAUUCGAUAUCAAAGAAUUUCGAAAACUUGAGUAAAAUUCUAUGUGUUCAUACACCUGAUCUACAAAAAUUCGAUUGUGAAUUAUAUUGUCAUGGAUGUAAUGAACAAGCUGAUAUUCUUAUCAUACAACAAUUUCAUCCACUUUUCAAUCUAAUACAAUGUCAUUUAGGACGAUUUUUAAGUCAAUGUUACACGACUGAUCUAACGACACAUACAACUUUGAAGGAGUUUGCAUAUUUUAAUCCAACAAGAAACGAUACAGCUGAGUAUUGUGAAGAAAUCCAUAGAUGUAACAGUGGUAAAUAUUAUAACGAUGAUCAUAACUCGAUUAAUUCUGGACUUGACUAUCGUACAAUAUACAAAGAAAAUUAUCUAUCUCUUCUAUGGAAUCGUAAUGACAAUGACUAUUAA